AUGUGGCAGAUUAAAAGAGCAAGACAAGAAGACCAUAAGAACCCCGAGAUCGAUUCACACAAGUUAAAGCUGAUCCGAGGUGUGGAGGGGACGGGAGAGAUGAUGCUUGGCAAGAGCUCCGCGGACCUGUUUCUUGUCCCCUCUGCGCUGGCGAUCAUGGUCGGCUACCACCUGCUCCUCCUCCACCGGAUCAUCCGGCGCCCGCACACCACCGUGAUUGGCUACGAGAACCACAACAAGCUCGCCUGGGUUCAGCGCAUGGCGCAGACGACCGAGCCAGAGGAGGCCGCGCUGGCGCUGAGCGUCAUCUCCGACGGCGUCUCGGCGUCGACCACGCUGGCGUCGCUGUGCAUCGCGCUGGCCUCGCUCAUCGGCGCGUGGGUGAGCAGCAGCACGCCCGCGGCGGUCACGUCCGGCGGCAGCGGCACGAGCGACGCGGCGGCAGCGGCGAAGUAUGCCUGGCUCCUGGCCUGCUUCCUCGCGUCCUUCACCUGCUUCGUGCAGUCCGCGGGGUGCUACGUGCACGCCAGCUUCCUGAUCAGCGCGCUGGGCUCCGACGCGCCGGUGAGCCACCUGCAGCGCGCGGUGCUCCGGGGCGGCAGCUUCUGGGCCGCGGGGCUCCGGUCGCUAUACCUCGCCACGGCGCUGCUCGUGUGGGUCGUCUUCGGGCCGGCGGCCAUGCUUGCCUGCGCCAUGCUCACCGUCGCCGUGCUUUACCUGCUGGACUGCAACUCCGUGUCGCUGCACCGCCACCAGUUCACGCCGGCGAGACCGAUCAUCGUCGCAAAUUGAUGAACUGAGAAGUUUGUCGCAGCAGAAAAUGUGCGUAGUUCAAUGAGAUCACUUUACUGAAAGGGUUAAUUACAUUUGUUUUUAAUAUACGUAGUCAUGCCUCGCAUCAUGGCGCAAAGGCAUGGCAAGCAAGAUUACUUGUUAAGAUUAGCAGGUUGGGCAUGACAAACCGAUUAAACUGUACGGCACAUGUCCACAAACAUCUUCAUAAUAUUAUUCCACUAGAUUACAUGAA